CGUCCAGUGGCGCGCCGAUACGCCUGCUCGAAUGUUUCUCUAUACCACGCGCUUAAUCCUUGCAUACAACCGAAAAAUCGCAUUUUCUAUAUAAAACCAUCGGUAAUUAUAGUAAAAAAUCAUUCUUACAUCGUUUUUACGUUUAACAAAACGAGAACCGCAGUAAAAAUAUAGAUUUCGCGUCUUCCCGACCGUGUAAUUUGCUUUCAUAAUUGCUCACAGGAUUUAAUUCCACUCAAAUGACAACCCACUAGGAUGUACUCUCUCAGAUCCUUGUUGUGACAGCAUAUACGUGGGUAGGUUUCAAAAUUUCAUGUUUGCGGUAUAAGGGUGUUAAAUAAAACUAACAGUGUUUGCAUUCAGUGGCGUUUAAGGUUGAUAGAUUUAUAGCUUGUAGUUUUAUUGUUUACGUAGUGUGGUACAAAUGUGGUGGAUUUAUUGAUGGAAACCAGAAUGGAUAUAAACUUGACGUUUCACCAGCAGGUUGCGAGGUGAGCGAUGUGGGCGCGGUGGGCGCGGGGCGCGGCGCUGGCGCUGGCGUGGUGCGCCGUCGCCGCCGCGCCCGCCGGCCCGGCCCCGCCGCCUGCCGCCUGCGAGUCGCUGCUGCUGAGGAGGCCGCCGCCGCUGCCAUCGAAUGUGAGGGAAUAUGAAGCUGCAGUUGUGCAAGUUGCCCGUGCGUUAUCAGAGCUGGUGGACCAAGGCGUGGCUGAUGAAGCGAGAGCGUCUGCCCUUGCCCGCGCUGCAGCUCGCACGCCCCUCCACCCGCCUCCUGCAGCAGUUGCUCUCGGCGCGCCUCAACUUAGCUUGGGAGUGCUCUACAUCCCAGAACCCGGUCGCCUCGUAGUGUUUCAACAAAACAACUCAGCUACGCUACAGCAGUUCUGGCGCACUCUCGCGUCCGCUUGGAAUGCUAGUCUUGUAAUGUGGUCCAACGCAUGGUAUUCGUGUGAAGGUGACAUUGGGUGGUGGGGUGGAACUGCCGCUGCGAGAGGUUCAGGAGCAGCGCGGGCUGCUGCGGCUAUAUUUCGACGACUGCCUACUUUGCCCUGUGAAGAAUCUAUGUACGAAUGGCUCGGAGGAACCCCGUUAUGUGAUGCCAUGACUACUGAUUGCGAAGCUUUUCCAUCAGCGAAUGAAGAUAGGAAGUUAGAAUAUCAUUGCAAGUGUCGAUCAGACCACUGGCACGAAAGUGGUGGGAAUUGGAUAUCUGGUAGCAAACUCGAGGAAAUAGGUCGUCUUAAAUGCACGCCAUGUGGCGUUGGCAGCAAUGCGACAGCCUGCCUUCCAGAAACGUACAGAGCAGCGCUUCUUGCCGCAAACCUAGCAGGAAUGCUGCUUUGCAUCAUCAUUGGACUUAUUAUCUUGAAGAAAAGAAAAUGCAAAGCAGUUGCUAUGGGAAUGUGGACUGUAUUGGAAGUUGUUCUCAUUGGUGCAAUGUUUAUGUAUGGUUCAGCAGCAUCCCAGUACAUAUCAGCAGCCCGGUGGCGCUGCGUUCUCGGCGCGUGGCUACGCGAGCUCGGCUUCGUAGCUUGCUACGGGUCUGUGGUGUUACGACUAUGGGUCCUAUUGGCUGAGUUCCGCACGAGGAAGGCGCAUAGGUGGACGCCUAGAGAUGCUGAGGUCCUCCGAAUAGUAGCGGCCAUGUUGAUAGGCGCGGCGUGUUACCUGGCCGCGUUCACGGCCACCUCCGCGUGCGAGGACGACAUCGGCGGCGGGUGCGCCCGGGCCGCCUGGCACCACGUCACCGCUGGCGCAGAGGUGCUCUUGCUGCUAGCGGGGCUGAGGAUAGCGCACGCGGCUAGGAACGCUAAUGUGCCGUUUCAGGAGCGCGGUUGGCUAGCCGCAGCUCUUUGGAUAGAAGGGGCUUGCGGGAUCGCCUGGCGGGUGGCAGCGGUAAGCGGCGCGGCGCCAGAGCGCUCGCCCCUCGCGUCAGCAGCUCGGGCGCACCUGUCCUCAGGGGCGGCACUCGCGUGUGUUCUUGCACCGAGGCUCUGGCAUGGCUACAGAGCACGGUCUUUGGCUCAAGAAGUAUCUCGCCGUGGACCUGCAGAAGGAUUUGGUGUGGAGGGUGAAGAGGAACCAACCUCUGAAGAGGUGCGGGCUGAACUGAAAAGGCUGUACGUGCAACUAGAGAUUCUACGCAACAAGACGCUACGGAGGGACAACCCUCACAUCAGCAAGCGUAGGGGAGGUCGGAAACCUCCGCAUAGACGCUUCUCUUUACAAGCAUUACAAGCUCGUCGCGGUGGUAAGAACAAGAGCAGCGCGGUAGAAGCGAGCGAAGCGGGCGACGCGUCGCGAACUCCGGAAGACUCCGUGUGUUCCGCUGAAGGACCCUCACAUUACACCGAUGCUGAUACACAGGCGUGAUAUUAAAUACAAAUAAUUUGAUUUGAUGGAUAUCACGUAAUUGUAAAGUUUGGGAGAGUACCAAAUUGGUAAAUUUGAUCAAACCAGAUUUCACAGGUACUCUAUAUGCAUAUAGUAGGUACCUGUGUUAAUCCGAUUAUAUUCUCCUAGAAAAGUUAGUCGCGAUGACGCACAAUCGUCUAUGAACUAUCCACGUCCUGCCUCCAGAUAAAUUAAUAAAAGAGGUUUAAUAAAUUGUAUUAUUUUUAAAUCUUUAUCUAUCUAUAUCCGUUAAAUUCAUACCUAAUCGUGUUACUUUUCGUCAAAAUUAGGUAUAUGAAAUUGUAUACUGACCUGAUAAAUGUGUAAUUUAAACGUUAAAUUUUGUCUCGAUGAUGUAACUCUUCUUUAAUAACGUGAAUUACUAUCAGAACAUUAUUGUCUGUACUAGUAUGAUGGAAUUGAGGUUAUCUCCAAAUUAUUUAUUUAAAUUAAAUUAUCUUAGCUAGAUACUAAACUUGCUUAUUGAGUAUAUCGCAGCCAAUUUUUCUAUGACAUUCAUUACACUGUUGACACAAAACCAUGUCUUAUUUAAUCGCUAAUUACUAUUGAUUAUUUUAACGCAACCUUAAUUUAUAAUGAAUUCAUCAUGAAUAAUUAUAACAUUUAUUAUCUGCCAUGUUCAGGAGAAUUGUGUUAUAGUUUGAUGAAUUCACGUCGUAUUCAGGGUAAAUAUUGGUUGAGCAACAGUCUAUGUUGCUGGAAUCUUUCUUUAGAUGUUGUUCUCCACCUGGCACGCUUCGCAAAAACUUUUCAUCAUGCGUUCUAUGCAUCACGAAGUGUUUUAUCAGCAACAUUUUGGCAGCAACUCCGCAACAUGUUCAACUUUCUUUGCUAGAUAAUUGUUCAAUACUAUGUUUGAAGAUGAACAUUUUGGCAGCAACUCCGCAACAUGUUCAACUUUCUUUGCUAGAUAAUUGUUCAAUACUAUGUUUGAAGAUGAACAUUUUGGCAGCAACUCCGCAACAUGUUCAACUUUCUUUGCUAGAUAAUUGUUCAAUACUAUGUUUGAAGAUGAACAUUUUGGCAGCAACUCCGCAACAUGUUCAACUUUCUUUGCUAGAUAAUUGUUCAAUACUAUGUUUGAAGAUGAACAUUUUGGCAGCAACUCCGCAACAUGUUCAACUUUCUUUGCUAAAUAAUUGUUCAAUACUAUGUUUGAAGAUGAUAUAUUUUAUUAAGAAUAGGUAUUAUAAAUGUUGGCUGCGACGUACGCGAAGUAAUAAAUAAAAUUUUAAUAUGAUCUGCCGUUCUAAAUGUAUGUACAUUUCCAUUUUCUAGUCAUUAUUUAGCUGUCGAUUUAUAACUAACUAUGUGUACUUAAACUCGAUCGUGCAUUUAAGGAGAGGGCGUAUUCGAAAAACGAUUAAUAAAUACUCAGCGUAUAAGAUAUUAUAUGACAUGAAUAACCCUAAAAAUAAAACAAUAAUUUUGAAAUAUAAUUGGAUGAAAUAAAAAAAAACGAAAUUUUCGUUUUUCGUAAUUCAUGCACAACAAACCACAGUGAUAUUAAUUAUCAUAUUGUAGUCAUAAGGAGUGAAAGCGUCUUGAAUGAUAUGGUUAUUUAGGUACAUAUUAUUAUAUUUUAUUUGAUCGUUGUUGUUAUAAAAUAAAAAUCAUUAUAAAUAAGUGUUAGAAUAUUACGUACAAUUAGGUUGUACCGUCGUGGUGUUCCCAUGUAGGUAAAUAAUAGAUUAUAACUCCCUCAUUGUAAUUACCAUUUAAUGUUGAACCUGUAAUAAGAUCGCAUUGUAAAUGUUCUGUGGCCAAUCAUUUAAUUGUUGAUUUUAAAUAAUAAAAAUUAGAGUUGUUGUGCUUAUUGAAGUUGCGUGAUCGCGACGGAUUGACGAUGUGAUGCCGAUAUUAUUUAAAAUAUAUUUAUUGUAUAAAUAAAAAUAUUUAAAUGUA